AUGAAGUGCCUGCUACUGCUGCUGUUGCUGCAGCGCUGUAUUCAUCUGACUAUCUGCCAAGCGGAGGACGGCUAUAGCCCAAGACUGCUGACGGCAGAGGAAAAUGCCAAUGAGAGCACCUGCGUGGAGCAGCCCACCUACAACGUCCUUCCUGCCGACUACGACAAGCUGAUGCCGCCGCUGCUGAAGGGCGUGCCGCUCAACAUCUACUUCACGCUGUGGAUCAUCUCCAUCACUGAGAUCAACGAGCUUCGACAGGACUUCACAGUCGACCUCUACCUCAGGAUGUACUGGGUGGACUUCAGGAUCAAGUACCCGGUCUUUCAGCUACUAUUCGUACAGAUGUAUCUGCCGUCAAUACUGAUCGUCCUUGUAUCCUUUCUGAGCUUCUGGAUUCCUGUCGACAACGUCCCGGGCCGGGUCUCGCUCGGCGUUACCUCUCUGCUGACCCUCGCCACCCAGUUUACAACCAUCCAGCGUUCUCUUCCUCCAGUUUCCUACGUGAAGGCCAUGGACAUCUGGAUGUUCUUCUGCAUCGUCACCGUGUUCCUGGCGAUGGUGGAGUUCACACUCGCCUACAACUUCCGCUUCACGCUGGCCCAGGACGGCGACAGAAAGCCCAAGCCUGUGAAAGAGCCCGUCACUGUUCUGGGAAUCAACUCGAUCGCGGCGGGACUGAGACAGCCUCGGGUCGUUGUACUCACUCAGCCGGAGGAAGGCAAGACGCCGUUCGCUGUCUUGAAGCUGUCCGUCUACUGGGUCGCUGAACGUUUUGCAAAGAAAAAGGGCAACUUUAUCGACAACUUUUCAAAACUGUUGUUUCCGAUUGCUUUCUUGGUGUUCAACUUGGCCUACUGGAAUCAUUACGGGAAAGGCCAGAAAGAAGUUACAUUCUGGGGUGGCUAG